AUGGGUAGAGCUCCCUGCUGUGACAAAUCCAGUGUGAAGAAAGGUCCGUGGUCACCUGAGGAAGAUGCCCAGCUCAAGGACUAUAUUGAGAAGAAUGGCACUGGCGGAAACUGGAUUGCACUCCCACAGAAAAUAGGGCUUAAGAGGUGUGGGAAAAGCUGUCGGCUUAGAUGGUUGAAUUAUUUGAGGCCUAAUAUUAAGCACGGAGGGUUUUCUGAGGAAGAAGAUAACAUUAUUUGCAGUCUUUAUAUCAGUAUUGGCAGCAGGUGGUCUAUCAUAGCGGCACAAUUACCAGGAAGAACAGACAACGAUAUCAAGAACUACUGGAACACGAGGCUGAAGAAGAAAUUUCUGGGUAAACAAAGGAAAGAGCAACAAGCUCGACGAUGCAUCAAGCAAGAAAUCAUGAAGAGAGAAAGCCAUGAUCUUGAUCAUCAGAAUAUUUAUAUGGUUAAUCCUGCAGCUAAUUCUGGUUCCAUGAUCAUAACCAAUCAAACUUUAUUCUGGCCAAACCCAGCUCAGCUCUCUCUCGUACAUAACAAUAUUAAUCCACUGAACCCAAAUCCGUCCCCAGACCAAGCUGCCUCCAUUAAAAACUUGCUGAUCAAGCUCGGUGGCAGAUUUUCAGAUCAUCAUCAUGAUCGUAAUGAUGAUCAUCAACAACAACAGCAGCAUAUACAACAGCCAAACAGUAGUAUCUUCACCUCUGCAGAUCUACAGAACAUGGUGGCUUUUAAUCACCAUGUUAAUAGUACUUCGCUGAUCCCUGAAGAACCAGUAAUCUACGAGAGUUCCGCCAUGAAUGUUGCCAGUACAAGUACUUGUUCGUUGCCAAAUACUCAGUUCAAUGUCGUAAGCAGUGUUGCAGGAGAUCGUGAUCACUACCACCAUGAUCAACAACACGAUCAUCAUCAAGACAUGUUCCAGGAGCUUGAGAAUUUUCUUAGCGACACGGUGAUGUACAGCCAUGUGCAGGAGGCAGCGGUGAGUGAUAAUUACAUGGAGAUGGUGAACAAUGGAAGCACAGGGGGGACGAGUACUAAUUCAACGGAAAGCAGCAGCUGGGAGGAGUUCAGCUCUCUGGUUUAUCAUCAUCGUCCUCGGAUGGUUUCUGAUCAUUAUGAAACUAAUUGCCAGCAGAAGAAUGCACUAGUACAAGAUCCCACUUUUCAAGAUUCAACCUACUUUGGACCACAAUAA